GUGUAUCUGUCAUGGCAGCCCCGAGGUAUCCUUUUGGAGCAUUAGCAGUACACACGAUGUUUUUCCUGUAGUACAUCAUUGAUAGGACAUGGCAGGAGUUUUCCUCGUUACAUUGUAUGAGUACUCGCCACUCUUUUAUAUUAGCGUGGUUUCUCUGUGUUUUCUUGUUACCGCCGCCAUGGUGCUUGGCUGGUUUGGCUUUGACGUCCCAGUGAUCCUACGUAGCUCUGAUGACACAGAGCUCCUACCGACCCCCGAAAAGCAAAUGGUUCAGGUGAGCAACCCCUUUUCCCUGGUGAUGGGCUCAGGACGUGCAUCAGUUGCGGAUGGCGUGAAGUUGAAGCCGUGUUGUUUGGAGCCUUGUGUCCUCAGCUGUUUCUGGGGCUGUGAGGUCGGUGCCCUGCAGCGUGCCCUGCAUGUCCCCCAAGGGGGCUCCAGGCUCAGCACACCCCAACAUUUCCAGGAAGCACUGCAUCCCCUCUAUCUCUACCACCAGAGCUUCUAUGUCGGCCGUGAAGACGGAGAGGAACGGCACACGUGCAUUCCAGCUGAUCUGGGAAUCACCGAUUUGGGUCCUUUUCCCAGGCAACGCUACCCUCUGGUGGCCGUGCUGACGCUGGCGCAACAAGAAGCCCGAGACUCCUACAACUUUGUGGCCAGUGUGACUGUUGUGCACGUACCAGACCACAAACACAAGAUGUCUGCAAGGAUCCUCUUCCAGUACCUCCUCACUUCACAAGGGAACAUGUACGAGUUAAAGCCUCUCUUCAUGUCAGCUGACAGCGAGAUGAACUCUGACCCGACCUUCCCCGGUGCUGAGGAGGCCAACAGGGUGCCGUCGGUGCGUGAGGACGAGGAGGAUGAAGACUGGCGUGAGGGGCGUGUCAGAGACUGCGUGGUGUGUCAGAACGCGUGCAUCAACAGAGUCCUGCUGCCGUGCAGACACACCUGCGUGUGCGACAGCUGCGUCUCCCGCUUCCAACACUGCCCCAUCUGUAGGGCUUUUAUUGUGGAAUCCUUUGCCCUCACGUUGUGACAUCAUGCAGCAAAGUAACUUUUGAAACACUUGGCAGCUUCUUACCUGUUCAACUUUCAGCUCAAAUCUUACUUAAUUUCCAGUAUUUUAUCAAGUAUUUACAGUAAUAACAGAUUGAUUUGAUAGAAUAUGAACAGACCAAACAAUAUCUGGAUCUUUACAGCUGUCAUAUUAAACGUGGCUGUGUAGUUAAAAAGAUGAAGCAGCAUUCAACAGUGAUGAGAGCUUUUGAGUAGAUGGUUUAUUGCCAUAUAUUGAAGGGGUUUUUUUAUACAAGUGUUGUGGGACAAGUAGUGAAGUACUGGGGGCAGUCAGACUAACGUUUGGCAGAAACUACAAUCAACAUUUUCCAAAUUCUGCUCCCACAAACAGAGAAUACAUUUUUCUUCUGGCCUUACAACACAGCAAAUGUAUGAAAAGUCAUGAUGACAUGUAUCUACAGCUAUACAGGCUUGUAGUCCAGCUUGGACUCCAGUUUCUUGGAAUCGGCAACCUUUCGCACAGCUUUCAUGAAAUCCUCUUGAGUGACGUACUCUCUGUCAGAGCGGAUGGCAAACAAUCCUGCAAACCAGCACAGGUGUGACGCACACAUACCAACAGUGGUGUGCAGUCAGGGCCAGCAAGGCCUAGACACUGUCAGAGACACUGACCGACAUUUACAGCCUCAAUUCUAGUAUUGCUUCCAUGAAAUUCCAUUCAUUUACUCCAAAAGUCUAUUAUCUUCAUUUAGUAACUUAUCUCUUGGCUGUACUGCUAGUAGUGUAUGUUAGAUUUCAGCAUCUGUGUGUUCCCAUAUCAAUGUAAUCUGCCCAGGGCCUUCAGAAUCAGGAGCGCUGACCCGUGUCACUUAAACAAUUAGCAAUGGGGCUGUUUCUUUCACCAAUCACAUUUCAGAUUAACCUCACAAGACUAGCUAGCUGCCGUACAGUGACGUCCGCGUUUUUCCGUCCUCUGAUUAGUUUGGUGGUUUGUUUUAUGACAUGAUUUUAUUGUAUUUUUUGAGAGGUGGCGUCCUUGAAUAAGCGUAUGAUGAUGGUGGUGAGUAGAAUGUACCUGCUUCUGUGCAAACGUUUCUCAGAUCAGCUCCAUUGAAACCGUCUGACAGCUUGACAAUGGCUUCAAAAUCUGCAAAGACAAAAGGCAAAGCUGCUGUUUGCAUUGUAUUCCGUACAAAGACAACACGAAUGGAGCUGUGAGCAUCGGUACGAGGUAAAAACACAACAUGAGUGGAACGGUUAGCAUCAGUACGAGGUGAAAAGACAACAUGAGUGGAAAAGGACAUGUGCUGACCUAUUUCUCCAUGCUUGGUGAUCGGACUGGAGUGGAUCUUUAGGAUGUCCAGACGAGCUUGUUCAUUUGGCAGUUCAAUGUCUGGAGUGCAGAUGUUGUUAGCAUUAUUAGAUCAUACAAAAAAAAUAAAUUUAGUAAUUUAGUAAUAAAGUAAUUUAUCGCCACAAGCUGAUCUUACGAAUUUUGCGGUCUAGUCGGCCAGGUCGCAGCAGAGCGGGGUCCAGAGUGUCUGGUCUGUUGGUUGCCAUGAUCAUCUUGACUCGAUGCAGCGUGUCAAAGCCGUCCAUCUGGUUGAGCAGCUGACAAGCAACACACACGACAUUAAAAACUGGCCUUCUAGCAUACAUGCAAACAAUAACUAUUGUCACCAUCCAACUAACACACUUGGAAAUGUCUUUUUUGCAGCACACAUUAAAUACAUGUAAAUACAUUGCAUAUGUGGCACAUUUCUUAGAGCAAAAAGCUGUGUUUUACCCAUCCACACACAAACUUUGAAAAUAUCCAUUCUGGCUUAAGUUUCCCAAAAGCUCCAUGGAGAAGCCUAAACGUGUGUUCAUGGUCCCAGUAAAUGUUUCUUGUGGAAUAAAAACACGUAGCGGCACUGUACAUGUACAUGUAUACAUACUUGCUGUUGUGUGUAGCAUAUACAUACACUGUAUACCAACAUAAACAGACUUUACCUCCAUCAAAGUCCUCUGUAUCUCCCUGUCAGCAGACGUUCCCUCAGAGAAACGCCGACCACCUACAAGGUACAAAAUACAACAUGACAUAACGUAUUAUUACUAGCAAUAUAC